GGCUUGUGGCUGGGCACAGGUCAGCGGGUGUAGGGUUCUGGUGGGACCGACGGCGGCGUGGGACCGAAGCGUCGCUAGACACGUGCGGAGCCACGUUCCGUUGUAAGGAUCAUGCCACACGUGAGGGACAGUGUCUCUACAGAAGUAUCAACACUGGUGGCAAGGAACUUGCAAUGAGCUAUGGCAACUUUGAACCAUUGCAAUGGCCGCUCCAAUCAACAAGGCCCACAAGGAUGCUAUUCUCUGGUCCUCCCAUGAUAAGAUGCUGGUGCAGCCCCUUAAGGACAGCGAUGCGGAGGUUUAUGAGAUCAUUAAGAAGGAAAGUAACCGGCAGAGGGUUGGAUUGGAGCUGAUUGCCUCAGAGAAUUUUGCCAGCCGAGCAGUGUUGGAGGCCCUGGGCUCUUGCUUAAAUAACAAAUACUCUGAGGGGUACCCAGGGCAGAGGUAUUACGGUGGGACUGAGUUUAUUGAUGAGCUGGAGACACUGUGUCAGAAGCGAGCGCUGCAAGCCUAUCACCUGGACCCUCAGUGCUGGGGGGUCAAUGUCCAGCCCUACUCAGGUUCCCCUGCCAACUUCGCAGUGUACACUGCCUUGGUAGAGCCCCAUGGGCGCAUCAUGGGCCUGGACUUACCUGAUGGGGGCCACCUGACCCAUGGGUUUAUGACAGACAAGAAGAAGAUCUCUGCUACAUCCAUCUUCUUUGAAUCUAUGCCCUAUAAGGUGUACCCAGACACUGGCUACAUCAACUAUGACCAGCUGGAGGAGAACGCCCGCCUUUUCCACCCAAAACUGAUCAUCGCAGGAACCAGCUGCUACUCUCGCAACCUGGACUACGCACGCCUGCGGAAGAUCGCAGAUGAGAGCGGGGCCUAUCUCAUGGCGGACAUGGCACAUAUCAGUGGGCUGGUGGCAGCUGGCGUGGUGCCCUCGCCUUUUGAACACUGCCAUGUGGUGACCACCACAACACACAAGACCUUGAGAGGCUGCCGUGCCGGCAUGAUCUUCUACAGGAAAGGUGUUCGCAGUGUGGAUCCCAAGACUGGCAAAGAGAUUCUGUAUGAACUGGAGUCACUCAUUAACUCUGCUGUGUUCCCAGGCCUGCAGGGUGGUCCUCACAACCAUGCCAUUGCUGGGGUUGCUGUGGCCCUGAAGCAAGCAAUGACUGCAGAAUUCAAAGUCUACCAGCUCCAGGUUGUGGCCAACUGCAGGGCUCUGGCUGAGGCCCUCACAGAGCUGGGCUACAAGAUAGUCACAGGUGGUUCUGACAACCAUUUGAUCCUUGUGGAUCUCCGUUCCAAGGGCACAGAUGGUGGAAGGGCUGAGAAGGUGCUAGAAGCCUGUUCUAUUGCCUGCAACAAGAAUACCUGCCCAGGUGACAGGAGCGCACUGCGGCCCAGCGGACUGCGACUGGGGACCCCAGCACUGACAUCUCGAGGACUUUUGGAAAAAGACUUCAAAAAAGUAGCGCACUUUAUCCACAGAGGGAUAGAGUUGACUCUGCAGAUUCAGAAUGACAUGAACAUGAGGGCCACACUGAAGGAAUUCAAGGAGAAACUGGCAGGGGAUGAGAAGUACCAGAUGGCUGUGCGGGCUCUCCGGGAGGAAGUAGAGAGCUUCGCUUCUGCCUUCCCGCUGCCUGGACUGCCUGACAUCUGAAGGAGCCAGCCUACUCCCUGCUCCUGCUGGGUGGCCAGACUGCCCAGGAAGCCUGCUGAUCUCUUGAGAGAUACAAUAUAGCUGCCUAGCAGGGGACCUACUGAGCCCCUCUGCCCUUCUGGGGGCUUUUCUUUCAGACCUCUCAUAUUUUCACAAAUCAAAAUUUAUGUAAGUUUCAUAAUUACUUCAUGGACAGAUUAUUAAGGAAUUUUAAAUUGAACCUCACUUUCUCAACAGCUGUAUAUAAUUAUUCUUGAAAAAAUACUGGGCACUCUCUUGGCCUUAGUCAUACAGAUAGCAAUACAGGGCAGGGCUAUGAGAAAAAUUCCAGUACUUUCCUCCCUUUUCUGUAAAUUAGCUGAGCUCUUCCCCUGACUUGCUGCAACAGAUAAAUGCCAGGUUCACAGCUUAUAAAUGCUGCCCAUUCUUCCUAUUUUGUUGCCCAAUAGUAUGACAGAGGAAGACUGAAUUAUGACCAUUAGUCAUACAGGGCAAUUCUGAAUCUUCUGCUCUGCGUUUUAAAUUGCAAUUUAGACAGGGGUACCAGACGUACCCAGUACCCAGUAUGGUGGGAGGGUUUGCAGCCCAAAGUGGAAAGUCUGGGGGUAUCACUUAGAAGUCCUGGGUUCCGUCCCUAGCAUCCUGACCAUGUUUUCCACCUCCCCCCUGGAACAUGCCUGGUCCCUUCCUGGUGUGAGAAUCAGCAAGGGGCCAGGAGAUGGUCCCACUCCACCUGCCCGAAAUAAACAAAACUCUCCUGUAAUGAGGAACUCAAAUGUCACCUUCCCAAAAAGUCUUUAUUUUUCACAUAGCUGAAGUGCAAACCAUAAGUUACCAUUUUUAAUAAGCACAAUCAAAUUUUUAACCACAGAGUGUCUACAAGAAUUACAGCUUUAAAAAAUACAACUAAUUUUUGUAUUUCAAAAAUAUCUGAACUCAAAUAAAUUAAUUUCUUAAAAAGUAUACUCAUACUAUUUGUUUGGCAUUAACUCUGGUUAAACUCUUGUGCAGUAGCAACCAUGAGACGCAGUCACACACGUUAGUCAAACUCUGGCUCCAAGCACUGACUGCAGUGCAUGGGGUUGGAACGCACAUUCACAGACACGGUGGGAACAUGCAGUAAUAAAAUAGCUUUUUAGAAAAUAA